AUGGAAAUUCACAUUCUCUCACAUGUUGAAGCUAUUAUUGGAAUUCUAGUUUUUGUUUUCCUAUUCUUUCUCAUAAGAAAAGCAAAAACUUGGAAAAAUAGCAAAAAAUUUGGCCCACCCCCUCCACAACUUCCAGGAGCAUGGCCAAUUAUAGGCCACCUCCCUCAAAUCCUAAGCGACACGUUAGACGGUCGCAAUAGGAGCAACACGGACGGUGAAAUUCCUCUGGCCCAUACCCUAGCCGCGUUAGCAGAUAAGUAUGGGCCAGUUUUCACCAUCCGUCAAGGAAUGUUCCCAAUAGCCGUUGUGAGUAGUUAUGAAGCAAUAAAAGAAUGUUUUACUACACAAGACAAGAACUUAGCCAAUAGAGUAGCUACUUGUUCUUGUAAAUAUCUUGGCUAUGACCAUGCAAAUCUUACAUUUGCAAAUUAUGGACCUUAUUGGCGUAUGGUUCGAAAAUUGGUGGUUAAUAAUUUGCUAUCGAGUAAGAGUCUGGAGAGGUUAAAGCAUGUUCGAAUUUCAGAAGUGGAGAGUAGCAUCAAGGAAUUGUACACACUUUUUGUUGCUAAUGAAGCAAAAAAUGUACUAACUAAAGUUGAUAUUGGCCAUUGGUUUGAUGAUAUGAUGUUAAACAUAACGGUGAAGAUGAUUGGUGGAAAGAGAUAUAGCCAGGUGAAUAAUAAAGAAGAGGAGAAGGAAGAAGCAGAGCGUUUCAGAAAAGCGUUCAACGAAACGAUGUAUUAUAUAGCUAUGGUCGGUAUAGAGGAUGCAUUUCCAAUUCCAUUACUACAAUGGCUUGAUUUACAAGGUAAUAUUAAGGUGAUGAAACGUAUAGCUGAUGAAAUGGAUGUUAUUCUUCAACGUUGGCUUGAUGAUCAUACUAAUAAGAGGAAGAAUAAUGAUUCUAAUGAUGAUGAUGAUCAAGAUUUGAUUGAUAUAAUGUUAACAGAGUUAGAUAAGGAUGAUUUCCAAUAUGGUUAUUCAAGGGAAACUAUUAUCAAAGCUACUAUGUUGACUAUAGUUUCAGAUGCUACACAUACCACAGCUGUUCACUUGAUAUGGAUAAUUGCCUGCUUACUAAACAAUAAACAUGUACUGAAAAAAGUACAUGAAGAAAUUGACACAAAAGUUGGCAAAAAUCGUUGGGUCGAAGAUUUAGACAUCAAAAACUUAACGUAUUUUCAAGCAACAAUUAAAGAAGUACUACGUUUAUAUCCACCAUCACCUAUGUUAGUUCACGAAGCCUUAGCUGAUUGUCAAGUACUUGGUUACCAUAUUUCAAAAGGCACACGUUUAUUUGUAAACGUGUGGAAACUUCAAAAAGACUCGAAAUUUUGGCCAGAACCUGAAAAGUUUUUACCCGAGAGGUUUUUAACCACUAAGGCAAAAGUUGAUGUAUAUGGUAAAGAUUUAGAGUUUAUCCCAUUUGGUUCUGGGAGACGAUCAUGUCCUGGAAUUACUAUGGCCAUGCAAGUAACCUAUCUUUCAAUUGCGCGAUUGCUUCAAGCGUUUGAUUUUGAAACACCAAAUAAUGAGCCGGUGGAUAUGACCGAAGGACCGGGUUUUACCGCGGUUAAAAAAAUUCCGUUGGAAGUUGUGGUAAAACCUCGUAUGCUUCCUAUGUAUUAUGGGGUUUAAUUAAUAAUUUAAAUACCUUAAUUUGGU